CAUCCUUAUUUUAAUGACUAAAUAAUAAAUUUGGAGCUUUUUCAACUGAAUUAACUACCCAUCACCUAUCAUCAGAAGCUAAUCUUAAUUAAUUUGUUUCUAUGGAUGUUGAAACGAAGCCCCCCAUAUCAACAGAGGCAGUGGCAGCUGCUGCCACCAAGCGACCUCGGGAGGCCGACGAAAAUGGCGACUCGUUGAAGAAGGCGGUCGGGGAGGACAACGUAUCGGGUCCGGUCACGGUUGGCCCGAAGAGGUUCGGGUCAUCGGUGGAGAUGUUCCGUUACUUCCACCGGCUUCUGAGUUCAUGGUCUCCCAAUGUCAAUGUGAACAGGUAUGAGCACAUGGUGCUGCUGGAGCUGAUCGGGAAGGGGCACCCGGAGCCGGAGCGGAAGAUCGGGUGCGGGGCGGGCGGGUUUCAAGUCCGCUUCCACCCGAAGUUUAACGAGAAAUGCUUCUUUAUCCUGAGGAAGGACGGGACUACUGAUGACUUUAGCAUCAGAAAGUGUGUGGACAACAUACUCCCCCUCCCAAGAAACACCGCUAAGCGCGGUGGUGGAGGGAAGCGGGCUGGCCGUGGCCGUGGCCACGGCGGCGGUCAGAAUGUGGAGAAAGUCAUUGAAUCGAAUUGAACCGGCCCGAUGAAUACUGCUUUAUUAUAUAUGACAUUGCCCGCAAUCUCAAGGAAAUCUUGCCGUUAUUAUAUGUUGUUUUUUUGUACGGAGUAUUCAUCAUUUCUCUCUAUCCAUAUCAAUCAUACGCGGAGUAAUUUAAUUUUUAUUUUAUUAUUACGUAACGGAGUAUUUUGUUAAACUAUGUGCAAUAAUUAAAUUAUGAUAAAUAAAGGUUAAUUAU